AUGACGGACGCGCUCCGGCCCGCGGCCCCCCAGCCUCUGGAGAAGAAGGACGACGGCUACUUUCGGAAGGGCUGUAACCCCCUGGCACAAACUGGCCGCAGCAAACUGCAGAAUCAGAGGGCUGCCUUGAACCAGCAGAUCCUGAAAGCCGUGCGGAUGAGGACAGGAGCGGAAAACCUUCUGAAAGCCGCCACGAACCACAAGGUACGCGAGCAGGUGCGCCUAGAACUGAGCUUUGUGAACUCAGACCUGCAGAUGCUCAAGGAAGAGCUGGAGGCGCUCAACAUCUCCGUGGGAGUCUAUCAGAGCACAGAGGAGACGUUUACAAUCCCGCUGAUUCCGCUCGGCCUGAAGGAAACCAAAGAUGUUGACUUCUCAGUCGUUCUCAAGGAUUUUAUUCUGGAACACUACAGUGAAGACAGCUACCUAUAUGAGGAUGAAAUAGCAGAUCUGAUGGAUCUGAGACAAGCUUGUAGGACACCCAGCCGGGACGAGGCUGGGGUUGAGCUGCUGAUGAGUUAUUUCCUCCAGUUGGGCUUUGUUGAGAGCCGGUUCUUCCCGCCCACCCGACAGAUGGGGAUCUUGUUUACGUGGUAUGACUCCCUCACCGGGGUUCCGGUCAGCCAACAGAACUUGUUGCUGGAGAAAGCCAGCAUUCUGUUUAACAUUGGAGCCCUCUACACACAGAUCGGGACCCGGUAUAACCGGCAGACACCAGCUGGGCUGGAGGGUGCGAUGGAUGCGUUUCAGAAAGCCGCAGGGAUUUUAAACUACCUGAAAGAGACAUUUACUCAUACACCGAGCUAUGACAUGAGCCCCGCCAUGCUCAGCGUGCUGGUCAAAAUGAUGCUUGCACAGGCCCAAGAAAUCGUGUUUGAGAAAGUCUGCCUCCCUGGGAUCCAGAAUGAGUUCUUCAUGCUGGUGAAGGUGGCUCAGGAGGCUGCCAAGGUGGGAGAAGUCUAUCAGCAGCUGCACGCGGCCAUGAGCCAGGCGCCAGUGAAGGAGAACAUCCCCUACUCCUGGGCCAGCGUGGCCUGCGUGAAGGCCCACCACUACGGAGCCCUGGCCCACUACUUCGUAGCCACUCUCCUCAUCGACCACCAGUUGAAGCCGGGUGCAGACGAGGACCACCAGGAGAAGUGCCUGUCCCAGCUCUACGACCACAUGCCAGAGGGGCUGACGCCCUUGGCCACGCUGAAAAACGCUAGCCAGCGCCGGCAGCUGGGCAAGUCCCAUCUGCGCAAAGCCAUCACCCAUCACGAGGAGUCCGUGAGGGGCGUGAGCCUGUGCAAGAAGCUCCGUAAUAUCGAGCUGCUGCAGGAGGUGCUGUCCGCGGCACACCAGCGAUCCCAGCUCAAGUACACUCAGCACCAGGAGGACGAUGACCUGCUGAACUUGAUGGAUGCUCCUGACGUUAUUUCUAAAACUGAGCAAGAGGUUGACAUUAUAGUGCCACAGUUCUCCAAGGUGACCGCAACAGACUUCUUCCAGAAAUUGGGUCCUUUGUCCGUGUUCUCGGCUAACAAGAGAUGGACAUCUCCUCGAAGCAUUCACUUCACCGCGGAAGAGGGGGACUUAGGGUUCACCUUGAGAGGAAACUCUCCAGUCCAAGUCUACUUCCUGGAUCCCUACUGCUCUGCUGCGCUGGCAGGAGCCAAGGAAGGGGAUUAUAUUGUUUCCAUUCAAAAUGUGGAUUGUAAAUGGCUGACCGUGAGCGAGGUUAUGAAACUGCUGAAGGGCUUCGGCGAAGACGACAUUGAGAUGAAGGUUGUGAGCCUCCUGGACUCCACCUCAUCCAUGCAUAAUAAAUGUGCCACAUACUCUGUGGGGAUGCAGAAAACUUACUCCAUGAUCUGCUUAGCCAUAGAUGAUGAUGAUGAUAAGACUGAUAAAACGAAGAAAAUCUCGAAAAAGCUCUCUUUCUUGAGCUGGGGCACCAGCAAGAACAGACAGAAGUCUGCCAGCACCUUGUCCCUCCCAUCGGUCGGGGUUGUCAGGCCUCAUGUCAAGAAGAAGCUCACCGCUCCUUUCAGCCUCCUUAACUCCGACAGUUCUUUGUACUAA